AUGUCCGCGACGAAGGCAGCCGAGCUAGGCAUACAGCCCAAACUACGCUGGCAUACGCGCGGUGUCGCAGGAGUCGAGCCCGCCAUCAUGGGCACAGGACCAGUUCCCGCUGUGCGAAAGGCGUUGAACAAGUCCGGCAUGAGCAUAGAAGACAUAGACCUGAUCGAGCUGAACGAGGCGUUUGCGUCGCAGGCGCUCUACUGCAUGCGCGAACUCGACAUGGAUUAG